AUGGAAUCCUUUUUGUUCACGUCCGAAUCCGUCAACGAGGGACAUCCCGACAAGCUUUGCGAUCAGAUCUCCGACGCAAUCCUCGACGCUUGUCUCGAACAAGAUCCCGAAAGCAAAGUAGCUUGCGAGACAUGUACCAAGACUAACAUGGUCAUGGUCUUCGGUGAAAUCACCACCAAAGCUAACGUCGAUUACGAGAAGAUCGUCCGUAGAACUUGCCGUGAAAUCGGAUUCGUCUCCGCCGACGUUGGUCUCGACGCCGACAAUUGCAAAGUCCUUGUCAACAUCGAGCAACAGAGUCCCGACAUCGCUCAAGGUGUCCAUGGUCACCUCACGAAGAAACCAGAGGAUAUCGGAGCUGGUGAUCAAGGUCACAUGUUCGGUUACGCCACCGACGAGACUCCUGAGCUCAUGCCGCUUAGUCACGUCCUGGCUACUAAGCUUGGAGCUAAACUCACUGAAGUUCGCAAGAACGGAACUUGCCCUUGGUUAAGACCAGACGGUAAGACACAAGUCACUGUCGAAUACUUCAACGAAAACGGAGCUAUGGUCCCUGUCCGUGUCCACACUGUUCUCAUCUCGACACAACACGACGAGACCGUGACUAACGAUGAGAUCGCAGCUGAUCUCAAAGAGCAUGUGAUCAAGCCAGUGAUCCCAGAGAAGUACCUUGACGAGAAGACAAUCUUCCAUCUUAACCCAUCUGGUCGUUUCGUGAUCGGUGGUCCUCACGGAGACGCUGGACUUACCGGCCGUAAGAUCAUCAUCGACACUUACGGUGGUUGGGGUGCACACGGAGGUGGUGCUUUCUCUGGAAAGGACCCGACUAAGGUCGAUAGGAGUGGUGCUUACAUCGUUAGGCAAGCAGCUAAGAGCAUUGUAGCUAGUGGUCUCGCGAGGCGUUGCAUUGUGCAAGUGUCCUACGCAAUUGGUGUCCCUGAGCCAUUGUCUGUGUUCGUGGACAGUUACGGAACAGGGAAGAUUCCAGACAAGGAGAUUCUUGAGAUUGUGAAAGAGAGUUUUGAUUUCAGGCCAGGGAUGAUUUCUAUUAACUUGGAUUUGAAGAGAGGAGGUAAUGGUAGGUUCUUGAAGACUGCUGCUUAUGGUCACUUUGGAAGAGAUGACCCUGAUUUCACUUGGGAGGUUGUGAAGCCACUCAAGUCUAACAAGGUCCAAGCUUGA